GCUGUGUGGGCUGGCUCAGAGCAGGAAACAGCAGAUUCCCCUCAAAGACGAAGCAAACUGUUGGAAUAUUUCCGUUAAAACAGACAGACCCGUGUUGAGACAAACAGGAGUUUCUCUGCUGUGGAUAGUGAUUUAUUUUGGUCUAAACUUACAAUGGAUCCCAAUGGAAAAGCUGGGAAACAUGGUCUGGAAGGGGAUGCGGACCUUAAUUUCCUGCUGGCUGGUGGCGAGCUCAUCAAGGUUCGUUCCAAAUCCUGGCAAAGGGGCCGCUUCUUUAAGCUGAUGGAAGACUGUAGGACCUUGUCGUACCCAUCCGAGAAACUCUUUCAACGAGAAAAAACCUUCCUCAUCGAUGACAUUGAAUCUGUGCGCAAGGGCCGCCAGUCUGAGGGAUUAGAAAAAUACACUGACCCCAGCGAAGACGAGAAGUGCUUCUCUAUCAUAUUCAAGGGACGUGAUAAGAACCUUGACUUCAUGGCAUCUUCUAAGGAGGAGGCCCACCGGUGGGUCAGCAGCCUGGAGAAGGUCGUCAAUAACAUGCGCAACCUCAACAAGAAACAGAAGAGUGAACACUGGAUCAUCAACUGCAUGCGGAAAGCAGAUAAGAACAAAGACAACAAAAUGACGCUAAAAGAGCUGAAGCACUUCCUGAGGCAGCUCAACAUUGAGGUGGAUGACAGCUAUGCAGGGGAACUAUUUAAGAAAUGUGAUGAAUCAAAUUCGGGUACUUUGGAAGACUUAGAGAUCAAGAAAUUUUACGACCUCUUAACACAUCGCGAGGAGAUAGAUGUGAUCUAUAAGAACUAUGCCAAAACAGAAGGUGAGAUGAGCCACAUGGAUCUGCUGAACUUCCUGCUGAACGAGCAGAGGGAGCAGGCGACCAUGGAGAGCGCGCUCAAGCUGAUUGAUAAAUACGAACUGGACGAAACAGCAAAGCAGAAGAAGCACAUGACUAAAGACGGAUUCCUUAUGUACCUCAACCAUGACGAAGGAUCCAUUCUCAACCCAGCUCACACGCGGGUUUAUCAAGACAUGAGUCAGCCUCUCAAUCAUUACUUUAUCUCCUCCUCGCACAACACCUACUUGAUGGAGGACCAACUCAAAGGACCCAGCAGCACCGAGGCUUAUAUAAAGGCACUGAUGAAGAGUUGUCGUUGUGUGGAGCUGGAUUGUUGGGAUGGACCUAAUGGAGAGCCGCUUAUUUAUCACGGCUACACUCUCACAUCAAGAAUACUUUUCAAAGAUGUCAUUAGAGCCAUCAGAGACUUUGCCUUCAAGACAUCUGAAUACCCUGUAAUUCUGUCUUUGGAGAACCACUGCACAGUGGAACAACAGAAGGUCAUGGCCCAUCACUUGCUCUCCAUCCUGGGGGAUGCUUUGGUCACAAAGCCUUUGGGUGACACUAUGCCCACCAACUUCCCCUCACCAGAGGAGCUGAAGGGGAAGUUCCUCAUCAAGGGGAAAAGACUGAACAAACUGGACGCCAUGUUCUCUAACAACAACAUUGUUGAGGAAGAUACGGUGUCUGAGGAAGACGAGGCUGCGGAUGUUAAGGAGAAAGAUCAAAAAGCAAAGUCAAAGAAAUCAAAGAUCAAACUCGCCAAACAGCUGUCGGAUAUUGUCAUCUACUGUAAGAGCGUCCAUUUCCAUGGGUUUGAACAUGCCAGAGACAACCAGGCUUUCUAUGAAAUGUCAUCUUUCAAGGAAAGCAAAGCCUUCAGCCUGGCUGAUAAUUCAGGCACCGCCUUCAUCCAUCACAACAUGGACAAGCUCAGCAGGAUCUACCCUGCUGGCUCCAGGACAGACUCAUCCAACUACAACCCCGUUCCCAUGUGGAAUGUCGGCUGCCAGAUUGUGGCCUUGAACUUCCAAACUCCCUCGAAGGAGAUGCACCUUAACCAAGGCCGAUUUCUGCAAAACGGUUUUUGCGGCUACAUCCUGAAACCCGAAUUCCAGAGAAGCCUGUCGUCUCAGUUCAAUCCCAACUCUCUGACCAAAGGGCCGUGGCUACAGCAGAAGACCCUCCAUGUCAUGGUGAUCUCAGCUCAGCAGUUGCCUAAACUGAACAAAGAAAAGCAGAAGUCCAUCGUUGACCCUCUGGUGAGGGUGGAGAUUUAUGGGGUCCCCGCUGACAAUGCCAGCAAGGAGACGCAAUGUAUCCAAAACAACGGUUUCAACCCCACAUGGAAUGAGAAAUUUGUCUUUCCUAUCCACGUUCCUGAGCUGGCCCUGUUGCGCUUUGUUUUGGAAGACUAUGAUUCAACUUCUCAGAAUGAUCACAUUGGGAAUUACUGUCUGCCGCUCACCAGCGUUCAAAACGGAUAUCGCCAUGUCCCAUUGCUCACCAAGAGGGGCGAUGUCAUCCCUUCUGCAGGGCUGUUUGUGCAUAUCAUGCUCAUAUAACGUCAGUAGGAUCAUAAAAGAGGGAAAACCGUCACACCAGAAAUGAAAACCUUCAAGAUUUAAAAGCCAACAGCAGAGCAAUGACCAAGUAUUGCAGUGGGCUCCCUAAACCUUUGUUAAAGACACUCUCUACCUGUUUAUUUUUUUAACCUAUAAUAUUUGAGCUUUGUUAUUAUAGUGAAGUGAAAGUAGUUGAAACUGUGUGUGAAUGGGAGGGACGUGAUGUUAUUGAAUGAGGGUCAUUUAACUGUUUUUUCUGUCUCAGGAGAUUAAUCAUCAUAUAUUUUACAUGGCUGUCUGCUUCUGAAUUAUCAGGCAACAAAUAUCUGCAUUUAUUUUGCUUUUCCUAGAUUUGCAGAGUAGAUCAGACCUUAAUAUAUAUAACUAACGAUUGCAGAGGUCUGCACUGGGUACAGUCUGGUUAAAUGCAUAGAGG